CCCCUCUUCCUCCUACUUGAAGCACGGAGCUCGAGCAACAACCACCCACGCACAUCAAGGAGUCAUCUCACCACUCAACGACAGCCUCGCACAAGAGCAGGGAGGAAUUUUCGGUUGUUCCUCGUCCCAAGGAUCAAUAGAUGGAGAAGGCAGCGUGCAACGAGCAUGUGAUCGGGAUCCCAGUGAGCAACAGGGCUUUCGGCAUCGAGGAGCCGGAUUUCCCAAGCGAAGGAGCAGCCGCCUACCACGCCGAGGCGAAAAGCUCUGCAACCGCGCGUACGAGCUCCAGAUUUGGCAGGACAGGGGACAGGCUCGCUCAAGGCAUCAAAGAACAUGUGACUCUAGGACCAAAACUGUACGAGACCAUGAAAGGCAAGCUGACGCUGGGCGCGAGAAUCCUCCAGGCAGGCGGCGUGGAGAAGGUCUUCCGCCGGUGGUUCGCCGUCGGCAAGGGCGAGAAGCUCCUGAGGGCCUCCCAGUGCUACCUGUCCACCACGGCCGGCCCGAUCGCCGGCAUGCUCUUCAUAUCGACGGAGAGGAUCGCGUUCCGGAGCGACCGGUCGCUGGCGCUGACCACCCCGAGCGGCGACACGGUGCGUGUGCCGUACAAGGUGGCCAUCCCUCUGAGGAGGGUGAAGACGGCCAAGCCGAGCGAGAACAAGCACCGGCCGGAGCAGAAGUACGUCCAGGUGGUGACCGACGACGGCUUCGAGUUCUGGUUCAUGGGAUUCGUCAGCUUCCAGGUGACCCUGAAGAACCUGGAGCUGGCCGUCGCGCAGGCGCAGUGAUCGAUCGAUCUCUGAUGAAACAAACGUCGAAGUUGGGUCGUCGGUUUCUUGGUCGUGUGCCUUGUGUGUGGUCUGGUUAAUCUGUUGUGCAUAUGUGGUAGCGUCGUAGGUGUUUGUGGUGGAUUGCUUGGCGUUUUUGGCUUUGGAGCAAGUCCGGUACACAUGGUAGGAGAAAUUUUAGUGCAUCAAAUUUCUUGAUUGGUGUUGGAGAAAAUAGUGCCACGGCAAAAGUGCCAUCAUAUACAUGUGGUAUGUACAAGAUCAAUGAGAAAUCCAAAAAUGUUUGUUCAACACUACA